GUAGUGCUUCGAUCCGAUUUCAGUGGUGUGUGGGGAGUAAUUGUAAUUGAGAAAGGCGGCAGGCUAGGGUAGCGAAAGAACACCACCAUCGCCCCCCUCCCCCACUACCCCGGCCCUCUCCCUCACAUGAUUCAUACUCGCGCCCUCCCUCCGGCCCCGGACCUUCAACUGCCCGGCCACUAGCUAUAUAUAUAACCACUCGCCACACGCUCCACUCCUCUCUCUGUCUUUCGAUCCUGGUAUCUGGUUGGCCAACCAUACAUAUUUCCACUCCUUGCUACCAAGAAAGUGAGCUCGAUCAUGGUCGUGGCGGUUGCUGCGGUGGUGGAGGAGGAAGAGGCGGCGGCGGUCGAGGUGUGGGUGCGAGAGUACGACGGUGGUCGUGACCGCGGUGGCGUGGAGGAGGUGGAGCGGGAGUGCGAGGUGGGCUCCAGCGGCGGCGGCUCCGGCAAGAUGUGCCUCUUCACUGACCUCCUCGGCGACCCACUCUGCCGCAUUCGCAACUCGCCGGCCUACCUGAUGCUGCUCGAAACGCAUGCUUCAACGGCCCUGAUAUGGAAAGGUCGCGGAGAUAGCAACCGGCACCGGAACCGGCGGCGGCGGCGGUGGCACCAGGAUUGUCGGCCUCGUCCGCGGCUGCGUCAAGUCUGUCGUCUCCGGCACCUCCCAUGGCAAGGACCCCAUCUACACCAAGGUCGCGUACAUCCUCGGCCUCCGCGUCUGCCCCACCCACCGGCGGAAAGGGGUUGGGAAGAAGCUCGUGGAGCGGAUGGAGGAGUGGUUCCGGCAGAAGGGCGCGGAGUACUCGUACAUGGCGACGGAGCAGGACAACGAAGCGUCCGUGCAGCUCUUCACGGGCCGCUGCGGCUACUCCAAGUUCCGCACGCCGUCCGUACUCGUGCACCCGGUGUUCCGCCACGCCCUCGGGCUCUCCCGCCGCGUCUCCAUCGUGAAGCUCGAGCCUCGCGACGCCGAACGGCUCUACCGCUGGCACUUCGCUGCCGUGGAGUUCUUCCCGGACGACAUCGACGCCGUGCUGUCCAACGCCCUGUCGCUCGGCACGUUCGUGGCGGUGCCCGCGGGGACGAGGUGGGACGGAGACGUCGAGGCGUUCAUCGCGUCGCCGCCGGCGUCGUGGGCGGUGCUGAGCGUGUGGAACUGCAUGGACGCCUUCCGCCUCGAGGUGCGCGGAGCUCCGCGCGUGAUGCGCGCCGCCGCGGGCGCGACACGGAUGGUGGACCGCGCGGUGCCGUGGCUCGGGAUCCCUUCCAUCCCAAACGUGUUCAGGCCGUUCGGGCUCUACUUCCUCUACGGCCUGGGCGGCGCUGGGCCCGGGGCGCCGAGGAUGGUGCGCGCGCUGUGCCGGCACGCGCACAACAUGGCACGUCGCGGCGGGUGCGGUGUGGUGGCCACCGAGGUCGCCGCAUGCGAGCCUGUCCGUACCGGUGUGCCGCACUGGGCGCGCCUGGGCGCCGAGGACCUCUGGUGCAUGAAGCGGCUCGCGGACGGGUACACCCACGGCACGCUCGGUGACUGGACCAAGGCGACGCCCGGACGCUCCAUCUUCGUCGACCCUAGAGAGUUUUGAUCAGCUUCCAUUUCACGUAGGUUUUUACAGCAGUAGGUUUUUCCCCGUCAGUGUGAUCUCCAACGCGACGGCCUGCUCCUUCCUACUAGAGCAGAGCAUAGCAGUGUACUACCCUCCUGAAUCUUCAGAGAUCCAAGGAUGCGGUACAUUACAUUUAGGCGUAUUUCCAGUUUCAUAUUCUUCA